CAGAGUUUUCUGCAGUUUAGUUCGAUUUUGUUGAAAGUAGUUGAGAAGCAACCAUAAGCCGAAGCUGCUAUGUACGGUGGUCCGCGAAAGGAGGAAGGAGGUUGUUUUUCUGUAUUGUUGUAGGCGACGGCGAACUGAACAGUCAAUCAGUUGCCUUGAGGCUAUCAGUGAGCGCGAUUCAUAUUCUUCGUACGCGGAAGCAAUUAUGACAAACUUUGAACCUACCGAGCAUCAGCAUACGCGUUACAACCCCCUGAACGGACAAUGGAUUCUGAUAAGUCCCCACCGUAUGCGGCGACCUUGGUCCGGCCAGGAGGAACAACCGCAGCGGCUGGAUUUGCCCGAGUUUGACCCGAGUAAUCCGUUAUGCCCUGGAGUAACUCGUUCCAACGGAAGUAAGAAUCCCAUCUACACGUCAACGUUUGUUUUCACGAAUGAUUUUCCGGCAUUGUUGGAGGACGUUCCGUUGCCUCCGGAAAGUGAUGAUCCGCUGUUCCAAACCGGUGGUGCACGAGGUACUUGCCGAGUGAUGUGCUUCCACCCCAAGUCGAACAAGACACUUCCGGUGAUGACACCGAAAGAGAUCCGCAACGUCAUCGAUGCAUGGAUUGCGGAAUUUAAAACCCUAGCCAGCAAGUACACGUGGGUGCAGAUUUUCGAGAAUAAGGGUGCCAGUAUGGGUUGCUCGAAUCCGCAUCCCCAUUGCCAGAUUUGGGCGUGCUCUUUCUUUCCGAAUGAGCCUCGCGUGAAGGACGAGAAGCUGAGAGAAUAUUACCUGACAAACGGCACAGCUUUGCUGGACGAUUACGUUAGGAAGGAGAUAGUGAAAAAGGAACGCGUUGUUAUAGAGAAUUCCGACUGGCUGGUGGUUGUCCCUUUCUGGGCAAGUUGGCCGUUCGAGACAAUGAUCAUCUCAAGAAACGGAAAUCGUCGGAUUUCUGAUCUAACCUUGCAGCAAAUCAACAACCUGGCCAUCGUUAUCAAAGAGCUAACAAACAAGUACGACAAUCUGUUCAAGUGCUCGUUUCCCUAUAGCAUGGGCUGGCACGGGGCGCCGACAGGUGAACUGGCAGGUCAAGACGAUAAGCACUGGACGCUACACGCUAUCUACUAUCCGCCGCUUUUGCGUUCUGCUACGGUGCGCAAAUUCAUGGUUGGGUUCGAGCUGCUGUGUCAACCCCAAAGAGACCUCACCCCCGAACAGGCGGCCAGUCGGUUGCGUGAACUGUGCGGCAAGAAACAUUACAGCGAACAUAUUUAAGCUUUCUCGCCAGAUUGAAUUGGAAGGUCAUCGGUAAUAAGAAAUAAUCAUUCUUUAUGUUUUCAAUUCCAUUGAAAAACCGUUCAACGUGAUCGAAUGUUAUACCAGUCAAUAAAAAAUAUCAUCGUUGAUGUGAUUAGUUACAUAAAA